CAUGGGUCAAAGGUCAUGAGAAAGUUUUGAGGACAUUUCUCGCCGAAAAAGAUGUUUUUGUCUGUCUUUUUCUCAUGUCUUGCCCCUGAAGACACUCGAGAUGAGGGAAAGAUCUUGAGACGAUGCCUGGGAAUGUCUUAACGUUUCAAGACGUCUUGGUCACGCAGCGAGAAGGGCGUCGACGCCUUGUAUUUUCAAGUGGGCGGGCUUGUGGAAGUGUGUGGACCGGUUACGGAUUUAUUUGGUGGGAGGCCGGGCCAAACCCGGGCAGCCAGCUCGUAAAAUAAUAGUCAACGCCCAAGCCUGACCCGUCAGACGAGUCAGUCGGUACCACUUGAAACCUGAAUGUUACAAAUUAUAAUCUGAUGACAUGUGAAGGUUUCAGUUCCGGAUCAUCACAUGAUCGGGACUUGGCGCUUGGAGGAACACAACUGCAAACAGUUCGUUCCCCUUUCGAAGCUUAGUUAGAGAGAGGGUUUUGUCAAGUUUCACCACUUCAUGUAACUCGGGCUCAAAGCUUGGCCAAGUGGAUCACUUAACGCCGCUCGUCUCUGUCUUACAAGCGGCAAGUCUAAACGAUUACGCAUCCAAGACGUUGACGUUAACCGCAUUUUAGAACGUGCAGCUAAGGUUUCAGCCCAGCUCUAUUGCCAGAAGAUGUCUUUGCGGAAGAUCGCCCCGUUCCUUCCCGUGUUAUGUGUGUUUCUGUGCGCAGUCGGAGGUCGGUCCGCCGCUCUGUCAUGUCUGAACGAACAAGGCAAACCUGUGGACUGGUUUAUUGCCUACAAAAUCCCCAAGAUUGCAGAGAGUUCCUACAAGUUGGUACAGGAGGGGCUGGGACAUGUGUACAUGGAUGCAAACAAACAGGACGUUGCUUACAUACUCUAUGAUGAUGAGCUGCCGAAUGACACGUUAGCUGCCACCUCCACAAACAGGGGACACACUAAAGGUGUGUUAGUGUUUGAUAAGAGCAGAGGUUACUGGUUGGUCCACAGCACACCAAAGUUCCCCAACCCUGCUAAGGAGUCCUACUCCUGGCCUGAGAAUGCCGUCAUCUACGGACAGAGUUUCCUCUGUAUCAGCUUCCAGUACAGAGAAUUUGAAAAAAUUGGCCAACAGCUCCUGUACACCUGGCCAAGGGUGUAUGACAGUCAGCUCCCAGCAGCCUUUGCUGCUGACUUCCCGUCCCUGUCCAAGGUGCUGAAAGGUCAGCACGUGGGGUCGUCGCCAUGGAACCAGACCCUGGUCCUCACCUCCACGGGCGGGCAGCAGUUCCACAGCUUUGUCAAGUUUGGGACCUUCGAUGCAGACAUCUAUGCUGACUGGCUGGCUCCGUACUUCCAGAGUGAACUGUUAACAGAAACCUGGCAGAACGGAGCAGGCAAACUGGACUCCUUCUGUGGGAAAUACAAGGUGUUGAACAUCAAAGAAGUGAAACUUCCCAAUGGCAUCAGAUUCACCUCUACCAAGGACCACUCCAAGUGGGCAGUCACUCAGGACACUGGGAGCCACUGGACAUGUAUAGGGGGACUUAACAGACAGAUGAGUCAGGAGGAGCGACCCGGAGGCACCGUGUGUGUCAAUCAUCCCCAAAUAUGGCAUGCCUUCAUCAACAUCAUCAGUGAGCUGGAGACAUGCACUAAAACUCAGGACUAGGCAACAGCACUGCAACAUGGAUGUAAACCACUUGAUAGUUAACAUAAACUUUGCCAGGUGCCCUAAAACUGCUACUAGAUGCUAGGUUAGAAAAGGCUGUUAUCAAGACCUUUCUGAGAAUGUCUUGGAUAUCUGACAUUUCCUUCUUGUUUUGUAUGCUGUAUUUAUCUUGAAUAAGCUGUAACUGGCUGGACCAGUGUGUUUCAUGUGUGUGUGCUGCUGUGUAGCUGCUGUGUAACUGCUGUGGUAGACUGUCUACCAAGGCAAAAAGAACUGAAGACAUUGUACCAUAUACUUUGUUGCAUUAUGUUCAAGUAACUUUUUCAACUUUGUAUACAUGCAUGGUAGAUAUAUCACUGAUACACUUACAAUUUGUGUUUAGUAAGAUAGUCUUUCUAGUUAACUAGAAUAUAGUGAUCAUUGACAGGUGAUUUUUGACAUCUUGUACAUAAUGCUCUGAUCAAAUGCCAGUCUUUAGUAUGGAUAACACUGAAAAAUAACACUGAAUAAAAAUAAUUUCAGU